CUGAGUCCUCUCCGGUUCUCCGGACCCUCUCAUGGACCCUCUCAGUCCGCUUUAUGCUCCUCUUCAACGGGCAGCAGAGACUGAUCCACCGCGGGACUAAAAACCUGGAACUUUACCGCCUUUUUUCCCUUCCUUCCUUCCUUGCGUGCGUGAAAAUGUCUUUUGGCACAAAAACGGGUUUCUCCGUGCGGGACAUCCUGGAUCUACCGGACCGAACCGGGAGAUACGGAUCCGGAACCGAGGAGGCAGAGGAGGAGGAACCGGAGGAGGGACCGGUGGAGGUGCCCAGGAUGGAGACCGGGCAGAAACUGGGAUUUAGCGGCAGGUGGAGCCGAGGAUCCGGUAACCUGCACUUCUCAUUGCACGGGUUUUCCUUAGAGAACCGAAAGGGGGGUAAAUCUCCGGAUCUCUCCACGGAUGAGUCCCCGGACGCGGCACGGCAUGCGGCGAGCGGCGGCGGCGGCGGCGCGGCGCAGAAGGGACGCAGCAGGAAGCGGCGCGUCCUCUUCUCCAAAGCGCAGACCUUCGAGCUGGAGCGGCGCUUCCGGCAGCAGAGAUACCUGUCCGCGCCGGAGAGAGAGCACCUGGCCGGGCUCAUCCGCCUCACCCCCAAUCAGGUGAAGAUCUGGUUCCAGAACCACCGCUACAAGAUGAAGCGCGCGGAGCACAUGGAGCCGCUGCUGCCCGCGCGCCGCGCCUCCAUCCCGCUGCUCGUGCGCGACGGGAUGCCCUGCGAGCGGAUCUCAGACCUGCAG